AUGACAACAAAUUUCAAACACCUUCCAGGCUAUACAGGCCACAUCCCAUCUGGCUUAGACGAAGAAGAAGGAAUAGGCAGAAACGCUAAUCAAAGCCACAUUCCAGGCUACCAAGGCUACAUUCCUAGCACCAAGUCUGAAAAUCUCUUUGGAGAAACUUAUGGAAAAAUCACUCACAAAUCAUUAGCAGGGGAAUUCCCAAAAGGCUUGGACACGGACCCAAAAGAUAAGUAUAAAUCGGCUUAUAGAGAACAAUUCAUUAACUUAAGCACUGUAAAAGAAAAGACAGCAACUGAAAUAUUAGGCGUUCAGCCUAAAAAAGGGAAAGAUCCAAUUGUUAUUCCUAUUGAAACUCAGUAUAAGUUUUGGGCUAUUGAGGAUGAGGAUAGGGAAUUUAAGGCAGCGACCAAUGCGUUUUUUGGGGACAGUAAAGUGAAUUUUCAGGAUAAUAAUAAAGGAGAUGACUUGCAGACCACAGCUGAAAUUUUCUUUGGGAGAGAGCAGCAAGAAGAGCCUAUAAAGCAUGGAGAACCGAUACCAGGAUAUACAGGAGUUUCCAGAAGAGUGGCUGCGGAUAAUAUUUUUGGGCUUACAUAUGCACAAUCGAGGGCCUCAGCACAUGAUGGAUUAAGUGAGCUGAAGCAGGAGCAAAAAGAAAUUCUCAACCAAAGAGCGAAUUUCGUACCUGAUUAUAGGAAAUAA